UGAAAAGCAGUCUGUUCAAGUAAGUCACGCGUGAAAGUGAAUUUAAUUCUUAAAAUGUCCGAAAAAAUGUCUUAUGUUUGCGAAGACUUUGAUACUAAAGUAAUACACGCUGGCCAGCAAUUCGAUCAAUGGAAGCAUAGAGAAGUAGUUCCAUCUAUUGUACCAUCGGUUACAUUUUUCCGAAUUGAUCCAACAACCAUAGAUGGAUAUUCGUACAGUAGAUUUGGAAAUCCAACUCGUGAUGCAUUGCAACAAUGUUUGGCUGAAUUAGACAACGGAAAACAUGGUUUGGUGUUUCCAUCAGGUUCCGCCGCCACCCAUGCUGUAUUUUCCUUACUCAAAUCUGGUGACCAUAUUGUUUCGUGUUUUGAACAAUUCGGUGGAACGCGUCAGAUUAUGCUGGAUUACGCUGAAAAAGUGGGAAUCGAAAUCGAUUUUGUCGAUGUAACUGAGUUAAGACACCUUCAGAAUGCAAUCAAACCGAAUACAACGUUGAUUUGGUUAGAAACACCGUCGAACCCUUUAUCAAAAAUUACUGACCUUCAAGCCGCAGUCAAAGUAGCUCGUUCGCAUAUGGACUCCAACAUAAUUAUUGUUGUAGACAACACUUUAUUGACGCCAUACUGUCAAAGACCUUUGGAAAUGGGUGUGGAUAUAGUUAUGUAUUCUCUAACGAAAUACAUGAAUGGACACAAUGACGUUUUGGGUGGAGCUCUAAUUGUUAACGAUGACGAACUUCAUAAAAAUUUACUUCAUUUUCAAACGUUUUACGGUUCAGCACUGUCCCCGUUUGAUUGUUUCUUAGUGAAUCGUGGUCUUAAAACAUUGUCACUUCGAAUGGAGCGACAUUUCCAAAAUGCUUUAGCCGUAGCCCAUUAUUUGGAGACACAUUCAAAAGUCGUGAAAGUUUAUCAUCCUGGACUUCGAUCGCAUCCACAUUAUGAACUUGCGAAAAGACAAUGUUCGGGAAAUAGCUCUAUGAUAACCAUUGAAUUGAAGGGUACACCAGAACAAACUAUAGAAUUCGUCAAAAAUCUUAAAAUUUUUCUGUCUUGCGGCAGCGUCGGAAGCUAUGCCAGUUUUGUAAAUAUUCCAAUUUAUGUAAGCCAUUAUGGUCUCCCUCAAGAGACACUCAAUGAACUUGGAAUUUUGGAUACACAUAUUCGUUUGAUACCUGGACUCGAAAGUAUCAACGACCUCAUCAACGACUUGAAGCAAGCUUUUGAAACGACAUUCAGGCAAACAAAUGCUUAAAAUUUGCAUUUCUCUGGUAUAUUAAAAUAUUUCUAUAUUUAGAAAAACUAGAGUUUUGUGGCGAAUCUUUCUGAACUGAAGUGUUAUUCAUUGAAAUGGCCAAAAAUAUAAGUACAGUGUUAUGAUACAGUUAUUUUCGUUUUAUUU